GGCGACUCUCACCCGUCUCCGCCUUCCAAGGGUGUGCUUUGGAAUGCAAAUGUUCAUCUUGGACUGAAAACAUCCCACGGUCAGCCGUUGUUCGGCUCAAUCUGCAACAUCUUGUUGCUUGUCAGCAGCAUGACUUCGCCCACGUUGUUGCAAAGGCUCCGCGAGCUCAGUGCGGUCGACUGUGACACACUUGAUAGUGAGGUGGCUAGGCGGAUGGGUCCAUUCUGCGAUUGCACCUCAAACCAGGCCAUUGCCUUUGCCGAGCUUACCAGGACGGGUGCGGGCGGCGAGCUGGUCCAUGAGCAGCUCGUCAAGAGCUCGCUUCGAGAUGCGCACUGGAUGUUGGCGCAGCAGUCUGGCGCAACCUUGGAAGAGCUUGCGGUUGAGUUUUGCAUGGUCCGGCUCGCCCUCGCAAUUGCUCCUGACCUGACUGGGUUUUCCCAUGUUCAGACCAAUCCUCGGUGGUCAUACGACACACAAAAAACCAUAAAGAAUGCGGAAAGGAUUGUCUCUAUGUUCAAGCACCUAGCGCCCACCUACGACACGAAACGUGUCUGUGUCAAAAUACCGGCCACAUGGGAAGGCCUACAGGCAUGUCGCGAGCUUGAAAAGCGAGGUAUCGCUACGCUGGCGACCACCAUGUUUUCUAUGGCGCAGGCCGCGCUGGCCGCUGCAGUCAACUGUACUUAUAUCGCGCCUUAUGUCAACGAAUUGAGGGUUCAUUUUGAUAAAGGCUACGUUGAUCAAAACAAAGCCUUCGACUUCUGUGUUGCGGCACAGAGAUAUUACCAAAAGAUCGGGGCAAGAACCAAGGUUCUCCCAGCGUCGCUGACAACCAUCGAUGAGGUUCUGGCCCUCGCAGGUGUCGACCAUAUUACUAUCUCUCCACCCCUUCUAGCCCAACUAUCCAACACAAGUUGUGAGCACUAUGAAGGAGACAUAGGCUCGGUGAUGAGGGCUACAGGGGACAGUGUUCACGAGGAUUUUGCCCCCAUCCUGGCCGACGAGAGUGCUUGGCGGCUAGCUUUCACGCGUAGUGGAAGGGGUACGAGUGAAGGCAAGAUCAUUCAGGCCAUCAACAUAUUCUACGAGAUGCAGGUUGAGCUGGAAGCGAUGAUCAAGAAGCUUAACACUAUAUAGUAUGGUUAGUAUGGUAGGGUUGAAUACGGUGUCUUCCACAGUCUUCGAGUCGUGUUCAUGGUCAUGUAUUGAUGGGCUGUGCGCAGAUUCCACCGUAGCUCUGCCUUUCAGUGGCCUCCGGGGCGGCGUUACUUACAACCAGAGAUGGAUGGCAGCGGGCACACAGGUUGCCAUACCAGGUGCUGGGGUCAUUGGUAUGGAAUAUGGGCAGACAAUUUCCAAAUCCCACGAGUCAAUAGGGAAGUACUACUCGGGGCAUUGGGUUGUCUACAACUUACCUACCUGAUGGAAGAGCUUUCUCGCCGGUUCUCUUUCAGAAACUAUGAUGGUUUGACGAUGGCCGAGUGAAGAGUAGCCAAGCCGGCGUUUCAACCCCCGUGCCUGUAUCUGGGAGUUCGCAAUAUCUCACUUCUUGUGACGGUGAUGACAAGUUCAAUGGAUGAUGCGCGACAUGUCUGCUCCCGAAAGGCUCGAUGCGGAGAAAUGAGCCUUCAUUAAGGACGGCAAAAUGAUAGGUGGCCGGCAAAACCGCUCCAAGGGCGUAAAU